AUGAGUGGCCUGGACAUUGCCGCCGGAGCUGCCUCCAUUGUCGCAUUGUGCAAUCUUGUCGUGUGCAAGCUAGUGCCGCUGCUUCGCGAUUCAGCCCAUACGGACGAGACAGUAAGGAAAUUUCAUCGCGAGAUCUGCGAUUUCAAAGAUGUGUUAGUGAAGGUCGAAGCCAAUUUCGGCGCCAGAACAGACUUCCGGCUACAACGGUCGUUUGAUAGAUCCAAGAGUCGUGCAAUGAAACGACAUGUCGACGAAUGCAAACGGACAAUCGAAGAUAUCGAGCGGCAGCUUCCAGAGCCGCGAAACGUGAAUAGGAAUUUUGUCCAACAGACGCUGACUCAAUUGCACACGCUUCUUGGUUCCAGUGUUCUUUCAAAACUGCGGGAGGACAUCCCAGCUUUGAAGGCUACCUUACAGUUGUGGCUUCAAAUGGUACAGCUGGACGGAUUGCGGGGCAUAGGAGAAGCUCAGGAGAGAGGACAAGAAAUUAUCGAAGCUGGUAUCACUACCUUGAACCAGAAGAUGGACAAUCUCAAGGAUGCCCUUGAAAAUCGGGACCACAAAUUAGAGGGCUCUGUAUUUCGAUUAGAAGAGGACACAGUAAAGCUCAGCGGAAGAGAGUGUCUGGAGUCCGCUGGAAGCGUCCGAGAGGCAUACACCGCCCGUUACCGACCUACACCCUCCUCUUUAGCCGCUCGUCACUGUAGCCCAGGUAACAUUCCUGCGUGGCAUGUCGAGGUGAUGCGACAAACGUCUUGGGAGCCGGUUCGUCUGACGGAACCGGACGCUGUGACUAUCAGCAAUACGAAUGAGACUCGGUCUCAGAGCCGCGGUGACUCCGGGUACGAUAGCGAUCAAAUAACCAGGUUGCAAACGAUACCAGAUCGCCAAGAAGGAUUUUCUAAGAACUUCUUGCUAGAUCUGAUCAACACGUCCGUAAACGAGGCCCAGAGAUAUCUUCAAGCCAAAGAUUAUGAUAGAGCUGCUGAAGCUCAAGAAAAGGCCAUCAGAUGGGGACGAGAAAGGGAGCAAAAUCACGGAGUUGAGUUCAAGGAUGAGCAUGACAUGCUCCGAACGCUCGCAAAGAUCCAGCUAGAGCGACGUAUGUACAAGCAUGCCGAGGAGAUCCUCCUACGUCUUCUGGGUAGCGUGGAGCCAGAUUCGCCGCAGGCAUGGACCUUUGACUAUGAUUUGGCAUAUACGUACCUCGCUCAGGGAAUGUACGAAUCUGCUGCCAGGUAUGCCAAUCGAGCAAACAAUGGACGACAACGCUGUUUUGGGGUGGGUGACAACAAGAUCAUCGAAGCAUUAACGCUCCUGUCCAACAUCUAUGAUAAGAUGGCCAACCGGACCGAGGCUACCGUGUUUAGGCUAGAAGCUCUCAAACACCUGAUUCGACAGGAGGGCCCUUCAGAUGAGAAGAUGCUGAUGACCCUACAGCACGAACCCACAGAGAAGGAUGUCCAGAAUGUCAUUGAUGAGCUCGAGGAUAGUAAAGCCAAAGAUAUCCUGGCAUUGAAGACUUUUCAAUGGGCAGUGGCACUGGACCUACCAGCGAUAGUAUUUUUUCUGUGGAGUGAUUACGAGGUCAUCAGAAUCAAUGUCGACGCUCAAAAUGACUUCGGCAUGACACCGCUCAUAUCUUCGGUAGCAUUUGGGCACGAAGAGAUGGUCCGGUUCUUGCUAGGGAAGGGUGCCGAUGUCAACGCGAGAUCUUCCAGUGACUCCAACAACGAUACCGCCCUCAUGCUAGCUGCUGAGAAACAAUCGACCUCCAUCGUGAAGCAGUUGUUGGCAAAAGGCGCAAAUGUCAGGGAUUACAAUACGCAUGGACGCAAUGCACUCCACCGUGCUCAGGGCCGGCCGCUUGACAAUGUAGACGCCGCACGGAGAGAGAUUGUCGCGAUGGUUUUGGAGAAGGACCGCGAAGGCCUUAUCAAUGCGAAAUGCACCGCGGGAAAGACCCCACUCCAUUUGGCAUCGGAGAGCGGGAAUACACCUAUUAUGGAUUUCUUAUUGACUCAGGGGGCGGAUCUGGAGGCUCGAGACUCAGGGAAAAGGACUCCAUUGAUCCUGGCAGUAGACUCAGGCUGGCCAAGAGCGGUGAAGCUUCUACUGGAUUGGGGAGCCGAGCAAGAGGUAGAAGACUUGAUGGGUCGAACACCCGGUAGUAUCGCAAGGAGAGGCGUUGGUGGGUCGCGGGAAAUCAAAGCUUUUCUGAAAGAAGCCAAGAAGAGCCCCAACGUACGCGGGAGGUCUUCUGUGAAGGCCACAUCACCUCCGUUAUCACAGCACCACAAUUCAUCGCUGGUUUCGUUAGGCAGUGAUUCCCCACUACGUUCAUCGGCUGCGAUCUUAUCACCAACUGCGAACUUGCCACCUGCCUUCCCCACCCAGCGUUCAAAUGAAAAUGGUGGGUUCUUGCUGUCGAACCUGGGUUUACCACUCGCGGCCCCGUCAGUAACAUCGGCAAGUUCGUCCCCAAGAGAAAAGCCACGUGCGUGGUCGAUCUAUUCCAAGAUCAAUAAAGUUGGAAAAGAGUUGCACUGA